UCUGCAUCCUCAUUCCCGCAGCCUCCUCCCCUGGCUCCGCCCUCGCAGCGCCAGACUUUCCUCUCCGCGCGCCGCGCGCAAAGACGAGCGGCAGCAGCCAGUGGCCUGGAGCAGCGGCGCGCGGGGACCCGGGGCGGGCCGCAGGGACUUCCCCAAGAACCAAUGAGGAGGACGCAGGACCCCUGAGGCCUGCCUCCCUGUCCUGCUGGCCAUGCCGAUCUUGACGUUCCCCCUCCUGCUUCCCCAGAUGCUCUGGGCCGUCCUCCUGGCCACCUCCCUGAGUGCUCAGAAUGGAGGAGCCACGGACCUGCCCUGUGGGGCUGAGUGUGCACGCCUGGCCCAGGACCCUGGGGACGGUGAGGCGGCUGUAGGACUGGCCUCGACGCCCCAACACACACAAUGGGACAACCCCACCUGCACCAGAGGAGUGGUGUCCGUGUCCAGAGGGCAGCGCGCCGUGAUGGCCUGCAACAUCUCCAACCCCUUGCUCAGCGUGGCCAUCUACCGGAGUGCCCACGGGGAGGCCUUCGAGCCCGUCUUCAGCGUGCGGCCCCCGGGCUGCUUCUGCCGGGGAGGGUGGCAGCUCCAGGUGCGGGGAGGCGUGGCCCGGCUGGUGAUCGAAGACGCGAACCACACACAGGCGGGGUGCUACAAGUGGUACCUGCAGGGUCUGCAGAGGAAUAUCGAAGUCACCACGCUGAACGUUUCAGGGACAGAGUCCCAAGACCUGAAGGAGAGAGGACGUCUGCUUGUCACACAUCCCUGCGGUGGGGAAAAACUUAAAACACUGAAAGAAGCCGCUUCCUGUCCUAAAGCACUGAAAAGGCAGAAGGCAUCCGAAGAUGCUGAUGUGGGGGGGGUCCUCCCUCCCCGCGGAGAGCCCCAGACUGGAGGCCUGGACCUACAGGGGAGUCCUACGUCUCGGUCUUUGUUUUCACUCCUUCUUGUUGCUUGUAUUUUCACUGGUUUCUCUGAGAUUGAAUCCCGGGGCCUUUCAACGCCCUCCCUCCAGGCUCCGCCCCGGCCUUCGGCGGCCCCGCCCCCUGCCUCCAGGGCCCGCCCCGCUCUCCCGCGGCCCCGCCCCCUAUCUCCAGGGCCCUCCCCUCCUUCCCGACCCCGCCCCCGCAACGCAUGGCUCACUGAAUUGUAGGACAUGUUUCUUUUCUCUCUCUCUUUUUUUUUCUUUAGUUGACCUCCGCAUGAACGUAUAUUGCCCUUAUACGUACUCUGACAUAUGCAGAUUAAGUCAGACUGCUGCCGCUUCUCAAUCCUGAUGAGUGGGGACGAGGGGCAAAGGGAGAGGGAGAGAGGGACAGAAUUUAUUUUUACAAUGACAGGUAGAAAAGAACAGGUGGCUAGCAGAUUUCUGGGCAUAAAUCAGGUUCAGCAGAAAGUGACCCAGCGGACCCAGGGCAUCUGGAGCCUGAACCCAGCCCACCCAGGGACCCCCCUGGCUUUCUCCUGGUCCUGUCCCCCGACCUUGGGCCUGUGGAGACACAGCAGGAGUGGGGGACCAGGACAACUGGUCACCCAUUGGGCACUCAGCAGGCCAGUGCGGAGGGGUGGGAGGGGGUGAAGACCACCCCUCCCAGCCUGGCCCUCAGCACCUCCCCUCGCCCAUGGCACCACCUCCAGGAAGCCCUCCUGGAAUGCCUGGACCACCAGUCACUGCCUCCUGCCCUUGCAUCAUUGCUUGGGGUUUGGGGCGGUGCCUCGAGCUGGUGGCACGCAGUUGAAUGCUUCAGACAGGAAGAGUCUCAGCCAGCCGUGAGAGAGGGCCCUGCCUUUCCCUUGUCUCUGGGUCUGUGGUGGGCAGGGAGGCAGUGAGCAUGGCCGCAGAGCUCCCACUGCUCUCUGUCCUCCUCACACUCACCUGUACCCUGCUCAGGGCUCCCGCCACCCAAGGUAAGCCCUCCCCAUGCCUCACCACGUCCCCCACUGUGCUCCCCUAAAGUAGGCUCUGUGCCCCAACCUGGGGAUGUUCCUUCCCGGGAAGGGGGUGGUCUGGGAUGCUGAGCGUGACCUCCCUGCAAAGCACCCCUAUGAGUGACGUCUGGGUGCAGAAUCAGCAUGGCUCUGGUCUUUUUUUUUACUUAAAUGUCUGGGGAUUCUCUUUUCUAUAAUUAACAAGGUUGCCUUGGUUAUGAGA